AUGGCCAAGCAGGAACAAAAUGAAAGCCCGCCCAACUACGAGGAGGCAGUGAUGACACCUCCUCGCUAUGGUUCACUUCCAUCAACAAUGAAUGUACAUGGGCAGUGGACAAAAUGGAAAUCCUUGAAUCUCUGCGGCGCGAGUGCCAAAGACCGUCUAUGUCUCAUUGAGAUGCAAACGGGCUAUAGCGGAAAACCUCCACUUGGAAUGAGAACGGGAUUUUUACUGCGCAACGGGAUGAGCACCAAGAAUCCACUCCUUGCUGCCGCCGGGGAUGAAUCGCAGGGCCUCCAUGCGUUCAAUCCCGACGGCAUCAUCUUUUGCCACCACUUGAUCCAGACUCCAAAGGUCAUGCGCGCCGAACCUGGUACAAACAACGACAUCGCCUUCCACUUUUCCAUCGAGAUAGGCGAGAAGCAGCAGCGGCAGGAGUUCGCAUGGAGGAGGGCCAAGAAGGGCGAUGAUGGAGUCAAGAAGAAUGGUUUCAAGUUGGUUCUACUCUCCUCGGGUCAACAAGCAUCUCGGCCGAGUGCCAGCAGCAGCAUCCAAAAGCCGGCUUCGUCUUUGCCCUCAUCACGAGGCAAGGAUGGUGAGAAUGUCGCAUUCCUUGAAUGGGCCAUGGCCUUCCCUAGUAUGACACAUGCCUUUACACUUGAGCUGGUGGAUGGCCAGUCAGAGAUGUUAGGGGCGCGUUGGACUCUUAUGGUCGUCGUCACCGCGAUCAGGCUAUAUACACUGCAUGUAAAGGGGAAAACGAGUAAGUUUGUUGUCAAUAUGGGAAAGAAGGAUUCGAAAUAG